UAGAAAUGUGCUGCUUUGUGCCUGGGAGCAGCCGCUCUGUCAGUGGACUCCGCGGGAGGAGAGGCAGAACUGGAGCAGAGAAGUUCUUUUGGACCAGGCAGGAGGCCGGAGGUUGGGUGUGCUGGACAUGAGGGCUCAGAUGCGGGAGGCGAUGUUUGCAGCUGGAGAAAUGUUUGCAUCUUUGCACUCCACUCCCAGCCCAAGGAACAGGACGGCAACUUUUCUCACUCCUCAGCCUGCCGUCCGAGCUGUCGGCAAGAUUCCCCAGAUAAAUCCAGUGAGCUCGGCUGCUUUUGAAGUCUGAUUCUAGACUUGGACAAACCGGUGGGCUGGGGUGCCCCAUCGAAGCUGUGUGUUCUGGCUGGAUGGAUGCUAGAGGCAGAUGCUGGUCUGAGAAACAUUCCAUGCAGCCACGCCACCUUCUGGAAGGCAGGCAAGAGACCAAGCUGUUCCCUGCCUCUGAGCACUUUGCCCUGCUCUCGCUGCUGCUGCUGCUUCUGGCUUUGCCCUCCUGUACUCAUCCUGUGCCCACUCCAGCAGACGAGAGUGCAGAGAUAGUGGCGUGGCUGACGCAAUACGGAUACCUUCCUCCAGCUGACCCUAUAACAGGCCAGCUGCAAACUUGGGAGGCAGUAACCAGUGCCAUCCGCAUAAUGCAGCGCUUCGCAGGCAUUGCUGAGACCGGGAUCCCAGAUGAUGCCACGUUGGCUCUGAUACGGACACCUCGUUGUUCGCUGCCUGAUGUUAUCACCACCUUCCCAGAAAAGCUCCCUUUGAGAAGCAGGAGGAGGAAAAGGUGGAAGAGAAGGAAGAGUCGGAGCAGGAGGAAUGCAGGCUCGGUUUGGACCAAGAGGAACAUUUCCUGGAAGGUGAAGACCUACCCACGGGAAGCCCGUCUCAGUCGUGAGACCAUGCGUGUCUUGAUGUAUUAUGCCCUGAAGGUGUGGAGUGAAGCCACACCCUUGAAUUUCCAUGAGGUGGGCGGGUACAGCGCGGACAUCUCUGUGGAGUUCCUGCGACUGGACCAUCACGACGGCUACCCUUUUGACGGGCCAGGCGGAAUGGUGGCCCACGCCUUUUUCCCUGGAGACCCCCAAAGAGCUGGCAAUGUCCACUUUGACAGUGAUGAGGAUUGGACUUUUCGUUCACCAGAUGACUAUGGCACAGACCUUUUCGCAGUGGCUGUUCAUGAGUUUGGCCACACCCUCGGCCUUGCCCAUUCGCCUUCCAAGCACUCCAUCAUGCGCCCCUAUUAUCAGGGACCGGUGGGGGACCCACUGCAGUACCAGCUGCAGGCAGAUGACCGUGCAGAGAUCCAGAAGCUUUAUGGAAGUAGAGCUCUCCAUUCCACAGAGAAGCCAGAGGUGACCUCGCUGCUCCCAGAUUUACUCUCCCUGCCACAUGAUUUUCCUGCCCUUAGGUCAGGGAAAGAAUUCCCCGAUCGCUGUGCCUCCAACAUUGAUGCUGUUGCUCAGAUCAGAGGGGAGACGUUCUUUUUCAAAGGUCAGUACUUCUGGCGCCUGACCCAAGGAAGGCACCUCACCUCUCUGCGCCCAGCUCUGAUCACUGGCUUUUGGCGAGGUCUCCCUUCCACUCUCCACAAGGUCGAUGCUGUUUAUGAGAGGCACACAGACCAUCGCAUCCUCUUCUUCAGUGGACCUCUUUACUGGGUAUUUAAGGACAACGGUGUGGAAGAGGGCUACCCUCGCCCAGUCACAGACUUUGGGCUGCCACAAGGGGGCAUCGACGGCGCUUUCUCAGGGCCCCUAGACAGGAAAACCUAUUUCUUCAAGGGAGAACUCCACUGGUGCUACGAUGAAGCCACUGGCCACAUGGAAGAAGGUUUCCCCAUCCACAGAGCACCCUGGGAGCAGUUCCCCGCCAACGUAGAUGCCGUGCUGAGUGAGAACGAUGGAACCUUGUUUGCCUUUAAGGGCAGGGAGUACUGGAAGUACAGCCAGCGGAACCUCAAGCCACAAGCUGGCUACCCUCGCUCCAUCGCCAAGGACUGGCUGGAUUGCACGGCUGAACUGUACCCUCCCCGGAGCAUCCCUACCAGCCCGGCCUCGGGAUCUGGACUCCGGCCAGACUUGCGGGGUCCCCAGCUGGAAGUCGAGCGCUGUGUGUGCUUCUGUGCUGCCUUUCGAGCGGCCUCGUGGCCCACCCUCCACGGCCUGCUGGUUGCUCUCCUGGCCCUGCAGGGGUUUGCCUAGGGGAGGGGAAGGAACUUCUGCGGAGGCUCAUUUUACAGGUGGCCCUUGUGCCACCUGGUGGCAGGAUUCGGGCAACAUCUCAGUGAAAUGGCGCACAACUGGACGGUCGAUUGAGGCUGCGUGAUGGGAGUGCCUCCUUGGGAACCAAUGAGAGGGGAUCGGUAUGUUGCCCCACAACAUGUGGCAUCCCAUAUUGAACUCCCAGAUUGUUUUGCUUGUAGCAACUUGGGAUAGACACUCCUCUGCCGACCGAUCGGAGAAUCCCUUGGGGGCCUGAAAGUGCAUCGAGGGUCUGUCCUGCAAGAGAAUCCUUUUGAGGUCUGAAAGCGCCUCAAGGAACGGUCCUGUUGGAGAAUCCUUUUUAGCAUCAAGGGUCCUUUUUAGCAUCAAGGGCAGUGUGAACUGCCAGGCUCCUGUAUGAGCGACUGGUAGCAGGAACAAACGUGGGGCUUUUGAGGGGAAACCGUGAGUCACUCACUCCAGCACUGCAGCAGCCUCUUCUGGUGGUCCCCCCCCCCGCCCGUGAGUCAGUGGCGCAGCUGUGGGAUGAUUUAGAGGCUCCUGCCAGGGCCUGUCUGGGUUACUGACAGAGCGCCAUUGUAGCCUAAAGCCCAGAGAGGCUCUGUUGGAAGAAUAGCAGUGACGAAGGGGAAGGGCAGCGGGAUUUGCUGUUCGAGCAGGAUUCCGGAUUCAGGGAGGGAGUGCCAAUCCACCCUCCACCCACAGCCAUUCCAGCCUUUAUUAUUAAGAGAGAUUUUAGUGGCGGCUUCAAAUGUCUGCGAAUGCAGGCGGACUUUCCUCCCUCUAGGCGCAUGCCCUUGCUUGGGUAAUCCGCUUGCUUUUCUGCUCACCUGCCCAGGGGCCCACCUGGGCAGAGGCCCCAAAAUGGGCAUCAUGGGGAAAUCUUGCAGAUUCAGAAAACACGUGUUAAAUUAUGUGCUUUCUUUCAUUUCAGUAGGGAAUGAUUAAACCUGUUUUUCAAGGUGGAAGAUUAAAAGCCCAAUACCUCAAUGAAUGUGGGUGACAGGCCAAGCAGAGCAGCCCCGUUGCCCAUUGAAGCAUGGUGGCGGGUCGCGGAGAGAACUACUACAAAUAUUUAUAUACUGCUUUUCAAUAAAAGUUCCCAAAGUGGUUUACACAGAGAAAUAAAAAUAUAUAAAUAAAGAUGGCUCCCUGUCCCCAAAGGGCACAAAAUCUAAAAAGAAACGUAAGAUAGACACCAGCAACAGCCCCUGGAGGGAUGCUGUGUUGGGGAUGGAUAGGGCCAGUUGCUCUCCCCCUGCUAAAUAGAAGAGAAUCACCACUUUAAAAAGGUGCCUCUUUGCUCAGUUAGCAGGGAGACCGCAAAGGGAGGGAAAGCAUUUUGUUUCACUCAUGUAAAUGGUGCUAUCCAAAGGUUCUCCUGUGCACCUGCUGUUGAAAAGAACCGGAGGUGUGCUGGAGCAGGACUGUGCAUGGGCCUGAGCCUCUAUAUCCCACCCUUCCAAUGUCCACAACAGCUGAGCAUCCGCAGAGAGGAACACAAGAAGAAAUGCACUCUGAUUCCAGUCAAUGAACCAUCUGGGUCUUGAGCCUUUUGGCUUUCCUUUGCCAAUCCUUUCCUUCCAGUUUGGGAUCUUAAUGUGAUAUGCAGUUUGUGAAGUAGUUAACUGGAAGAUUACCAAUUUCUUUCACUGAGGGGUGCUCAGUGGGGGCAAAGAGGGACCUGGUGAGGGUGCUGUGUAGUGUUCCCUCUAACAGCGAUUCCCAGGUGUUGACUACAACUCCCAGAAUCCCCAAGCAAAAGCCAUGGCAGCUGGGGUUUCUGGGAAUUGUAGUCAACAACAUCUGGGAAUCCCUGUUAGAGGGAACACUGGUGCUGUGAGGUGGCAGUGGUCUUGUGGGAAGCACUUGGCUGCUGGGUGGCUAGCAGCUCAAGGUGGCUGUUGACACCUUGGCCCACGGCAACACUGGAUGCUGGUAGCCUUUUUGCAGCUGAGGGGCAGCAUGGUAUAGGAGUCUGGGAGAAGAGCUGGUCUUGUGGUAGCAAGCAUGAAUUGUCCCCUUUGCUAAGCAAGGUCUGCCCUGGUUUGCAUUUGAAUGAGACUCCAUGUGUGAGCACUGUAAGAUAUUCCCUUUAGGGGUUGGGGCCACUCUGGGAAGAGCACCUGCCUGCUUGCAUGCAGAAGGUUCCAAGUUGCCUCCACGGCAUCAUCAAGAUAGGGCUGAGAGAGACUCCUGCCUCUCCCCCCAAAACCACUGCAUGCUGUGGUUAAAGCCCUCUUCCAUAGAACUGCGAUUGGUUUCCUGGACCACAGUUAUCUCUUGCCUGUGGAAAGAGAGAGCUGAGACCAUGACAUGCUUGUCCAAAUUACUUAUUUACAACAUCCCAAGCUUGGAAGAGGCAGGGAUUCUUUUCUGAACAUAUGAACACACGGUGCUGCUUUAUACAAGGUCAGACCAUUGGCCCAUUUAGUUCAGUACUGUCUAUUCUAAUUGAUAGCAGUAGAAUUUCUCCCCAUCGCCAGUGAACUGAUCCUUUUUAACUGGAGAUGGCCCAGAAGUGAACCUAGGACCUUCAGUACACAAAGUGUGUGCUUGCCAUUAUCUCUGCCCUGAGAAGUGACUUUUGAGUCUGAUCCUGAGGAGGUGGUGAGACUAGAACUAGACUCAAUUCCAGGCCCCAACACCAGAUCAGAGUCUGAUGGAAUCCUGGAACUGGAUCCAUGAGAAAUGGCAUCCCCAGAGCCUGAGCCCCCUGAAGAACUGGCCUCUUUUACACUUCAUUCUUCCUAGUGUCUCCACACCAGCACUAGCAACAGGCUAAGCAGGUUUAGGUAGAAAGGAGGAGUGCCAAGAUAGGCCAGAAGGUUAUUGGUCAUGGCCCUUUAAGAUUCCUGCUCUCCAGUCAGGGAGACUGAGCCCAGAGGGGGUAGUCUUAGCUCAGAGGUAUUUAAAAGCUCAGUCUGUCUAUGAGUGGAAUCAGAGCCACUUGUACCUCUUGAGCUGUCCGUGGUGCUACAGCCUCACCUUGCCAGUCUGGUUCUCCUCUGUAAAACAGGAAGUGCUCUACCACUGGGCAGCAGCCCCUUCCUCCUCUUCUUUGUGUCUGGAGUGCAAGGAAGUGGAUAACAUAAUAUCAGUCAAAAGAAGAAUGUUGGAGAAGACACAACGGCUCCAGUUUAAUAAGGCAUAAGAGUUGCUGCAGGGUAAGGCACUGGUAUGAAUAUGUCAUAUUGCUAACUCAGGAUGGAGAAUUCACUUCCAGUUGAUGAAGAAUUGUUUGAAGAGAGGACUCUCGCGGCCUUGGGGCAAUAUUUCAACCUGGAAUCAAGAGAAAAGCAGGUGAGAUGUCAAACUCCAGUUUCCCCACUGAUCUGGAGAUAGACCAGCGGGUGUCUAAAAGGCAUAAGCCCUACGUUAUGAUAUACUUGGUUCCAAAUUUUUCCUCUCUUCUCAGGAGUGCUAAAGGACAUGGGGUCUUGAAAGCUCUUGGAAGGGACUCUUUGGAACAAAUGGCAGAUGAGGUUGCAUACACUUAAGAGUAAAAGUGAUGCGCUUUGGGUCAAAAAAAUAAAUAAAUCCUAACCUCACUUUAUAGACUGUUGAGGUCUGAAAUGACAGUGACUAGCCAAGAGAGAGAUCUUGGGGUAGUGGGUAGCUCAAUGGAAACACUGACCAGUGUAUGGCAUCCUGUGAAAAAAGGCUAAUUCCAUGCCAGAGAUUGUUGGGGAAAGGACUACAAAUAAGAUAGACUGUAUCGUAAUGCCUGUAUUUAUUUAACAUUUAUUUAACAUAUUUUUAUACCGCCCAAAACUUACGUCUCUGGGUGGGUUACAAUAGGUGGAAUGGGCACAUUUGAAAUAUUGAAUAUUGUUCUGAUUCCCCAACUCUAAAAGGUAACUAUAAAAUUCGAAAAAGGCAAUGAAAAUGAUUGAGGAAUUAGAGUACAAUCCCUAUGAGCAAAAGCUAAGGGACUUGCAUUUGUUUAGUUCAGAAUACAGAUGAUUACAGGAGAACCUCGUUAUCCGCAGAGAUUUAUCAUCCACGGAUUUGCAUAUCCCCAGUCUGGUAAAAGACACCCGACCUCAGCGUACGUGGGGGGAAGGGGGGGAUACAUUGACCUCGCAUAUCCGUGGGUUGGGGGUGGCCAUAAAUGACUGCGGAGGUAAUUUCCAACUGCCAUUUUGUUUCUUGGAGCCACAAAAUGGUUCUGUUCAAGAAAAGAACAGGAAAACAGCAACUUUUGGUGAUUUGGGAGCAUUCCGGGGCACAGCAUGACUCAGGGAGCAGCAAAACAUGGUAAGCAGCCUCCCCCCUGCAUUUCCUCGUGAAAUUUGGCCUAUUUUCAGCCAUUUUUAGCAAAUUUUGAGCUGACUGGGAAGCUAACCCCCACGAUGCCAUUGCCCUAAUGCCUCAAUAUUCGUUAUUUCGGUAUCCACAGCUGCGGCUGGGAACAGAACCCCUGCAGAUGUCAAGGUCCUCCUGUACUGUGGUGGGGAGAGGAAUAUUGCAGCAGUUCUCAAAUUAGAUGAAUAAAGCGAUUUAAAAAAUCAUCUUCCUUUAUCAGAGUUGUCUGAAUAUUUGGGCUAGUUAUCUGUGAAACCGCUGCUUACUUACCUGUGUGUUUGGGGGAUACUUCAUCCGGGCAAUGAAGUCCUCGGCCACCUUCAGAGCUGCACGUUGUUCCUGUUCAUUGGCUUUGUGACCUGCUCAGGGAUGCAAAAGGACAAGUUAGAGGGAGAUCUUGAGCUGGUUCAGACAUCACGUGAAACCCCAGUUAAAGCCGGGCUCCAUGUGAUGUCCCUGAACAGCGGGAACACAUACUCCUCCCUCCCAUCUUGACGUGAACAUCUACUUUCUAACUUGAUUAAAAUAAGCCAGGAUUGGUCAAGUCAACUCAACCCAGCAAUCUCAGCUUAUUUUAAUUGCUUCAAAUAACCUGAGAUCUGUAACUCACUUCAAAUCCUGGUUACUGAUCUCAGGUGGUUUGAGGAAAGUAUGUUAGAAUAAACCAGGUUUGGUGGGUUUUGACAUCAUGACCAAUCUUGGCUUAUUUAAACCUAGAUAGGAAGUUGACUCUUGUGUGGGGAUGGGAGGGAGGAGAGUACGUUUCUGAGGCUCAGGGAUGUCACACAGGCUUUAACUGAGGUUCUAUGGGAUUACCAUAGUUACCUGGCCACAAGCAGAGGAGACAGGGAAGCCCAACUGGAUGGGCACGAGUUGAUUAUUUCUGGGAAGGAGGGAGGUGAAUUAAUAUUCUUAGAGCAUAUCUGGUCUAUAACCCAUCUUUCUGACAUCUAAUUCUCUAUGUGGAGGGAACUGAUUUCCAUGGAGGAGCAUUUUGUUAUGUGAAUCUGCAUCUGCAGUCUGAAGUAGUACAAGUUUACUACCUCAAUGAGAACAAGGUCUAAGAAACACACCGUUGGCAGUGUCAUAAGAACUGACAGGGAAAGACCAAUCAGAAUUGGAAAGACCAAACAGUGCUGGCAGGGAAAGACCAAUCUGAAGGCUGUGCUUCUGGAGAGCAAGAUACAGUUCCCAGCGGAAGAACUAAUCAAUCAGAAAUGGAGCACUCUUCUCUGCUUAUCCAAGCUCCCCGCCUGGCAGGCUUGUGGUAGCAUGUUCUUUUUGCAUCUUUGGUCUCAUGCCAGGAGGUGAGGUUGUUUUCUUGGCAGGGGGUGAAGAGGUUUACCUUUCCAAACAUAGAUUUUUCCACACUGGCCAUUGUCCAGAAUGAAACAGUCAUCUGUGAUAAGCUGAUCUUGGCGGAAUGGGCUGGCCUCAGAAAUCUUGGUCAGGCUCAUCUUACCUGUCAUGUCUGAGACCUGAGAAGGAAAGAGAAAUGGGCCCCCUCGUGAAAUGAAGGUCUCUUAGACCUGGAUUGUCAGGUUCGCAUGACACACCCAUGCUCAACGUAGGCUCCCCAACGGGGAAGUAGGGUGCUUGUGCAUUCCCAGGGUUCCAGCUGUUCUGCUGAACCUCAAAUUUGAUGUGACGUUUGAAGCCUCCCUAAGUCAUGGCUAAGCACCACUGAAAUCAAUGAGAUAACAUAGUCAUGACUAACUGAAGCCUGGAUGCUACCAAGGGAGAACAGUUCUGGAUGGUCAAAACAGCAAAUACUGGGCUAGGAAUUAUGCAGAAAGAGAUCGAACCAGCAACCUUCUGCUUGUUAGUCAAGAGCAGUUAUCCUAGGAUAAUCACCGUAGACGCUGCUGGCAAUGUCCAGUGUGGCUACAACUUACCCCUGUUAACUUGGUGAAGAGGUACCUUUUAAUGUGGUGAUUCCCUUUAUUUAGCAGGGGGAGAGUAACUGGCCCUCUCCACCCCCAGCACAGUACUUCCAGUGACUGUUGCUGGUGUCUAUCUUGUUUCUUUUUAGAUUGUGAGCCCUUUGGGGACAGGGAGCCAUCUUAUUUAUGCAUUAUCUGUGUAAACCGCCCUGAGCCAUUUUUGGAAGGGCAGUAUAGAAAUUGAAUGAAUGAAUUAAUUAAUGAAAGAAAGAAAAUUAAAAUGCCAGUACUGUGAUGCCUUUAUGUAGAUCUCUGGUGCAACUGUAUUUUGGGUAUAGAAAGGAGCACCUAAAACUAAAACCUCGUGGAGUUUUGUUUUGUUUUAGCUCAGGGAAAAUAAUGACUCGGGAGGCAGAUAUAAUCGAGGUCUACCUGUUGAAGCUGAUGAUGCAAUUAAUUUCAUUGGAUGGAAUUAACUGGCAGUAGAUUCAGAAUAGAAUCUCAAAGCACAUAAGAAAAGUGCUUCGUACAACAUAUUAACCAUGCAAAAGGUCCCAGUUUAAAUCCCUGGCAGGAUUUAAUAUUUGUCUGAAACAGACAGAGAGCUGCUACCAGUCAGUGUAGACAAUGCUAGACCGAGCAAGAGCCUGACUCAGUAUAAGAUUGCUUCAUAUAUUCAUCAGAAACAUCCACCAUAGCUCAGUGGCAGAGCAUCUGCUUGGCAUGCAGGAAAUCCCUGACAUGACAAGAUAGUGCUGGGAGAGAAAGACCCCUGAGCCUAAAACCACAGGGAGCUGCUCGCCAGUCAGUGUAGACCAGGGGUUUCCCAUCCGUGGUACUCCAGAUGUUGCUGAACUACUAAAAUGUAGCUGGGGGUGAUGAGAGUUGUAGUUCAGCAAGAUCUGGAAUGCCACCGGUUGGGAACCCCUGGUGUAGACCAUGCUGAGCGAAAAGGACCAAGAGUCUUAUACCAAGGCAUACCUUAUACCUGUUGCUUCAGCUCCCAACAUCUAGCUGGCCACCUCUGCAAACAGGAUGCUGGAACAGAGAGAGCUUUUGGUCUGAGCCAGCGGGGAUCUGAUCUUUUUCUUCUUUUGAUAGGGUGUUGCCUUAUAUAGUAGAGCCACCUUAAGUGGCGCAGCGGGGAAAUGCUUGACUAACAAGUAGAAGGUGGUCCAUUCGAAUCCCCGCUGGUACUAUAUCAGACAGCAGUGAUCUAGGAAGGCAUCAUCUCAUACUGAACAGGAGGCGGCAAUGGUAAAGCCCUCCUGUAUUCUACCAAAGAAAACCAUUAGGCACUGUGGUCGCCAGGAGUCAACACCAACUCGACAACACACCUUGCCUUACCUUACCUUAUAUAGUACAGCUGCGGCUGCAUUCGACUGGUCAGCCAUGAUAUCCUCUUCUGGACUGCCCUCUUUCAGAGCUGGUUUAGGGCCCAAGACCUAGAAAAAUGAGAGUGUGUGCUGAAUGCUGAUAGCUCCUUACUGCCAAUUAAUCUCGGGCCUCAGAAUCCCAGCUCCAUGCUACAACUGGCCUUCUUGUGGGCAGCACUGGCUGGAAACCUCUUUUGCGUAGAUAGGACAAUUUAGAUUCUGGGCACUCAACAGCCCCGCCCCACGGCCACUGCUUCCUGGGGGCUGGACUACACUGUUCACGGAUGACAAAUAUGGUGCUACCUGAGAACUUGCAUACUACCCAUCGCAGAACCCAAGGGGAAGACUUGUGGUACGCAAAGGCAAUCAGGAAUAUUAAUAGUUUAAUGAAAUAGCUAUUGUGUACAGAGAGGCAAGUGCAGAAUGCUUUUCAGUGCUCUUGCUGCUGGCUGUAUGUUAGCCCCACCUCUACAGCAGGACUGGAACUCAAGCCCCAUUCCAAAGCUGGCCUGGAUCAAGGAAUGGAUUAACCAAAAACACCACACCCAUCAUGCCCCAACCUCUCCCUCCCCAUCAAGGAUCUUACCUGUAUCAUCUCUGCGGGCUCCUCGCCGUCUGCCACAAUCUCCACUCGGGCCUUCCCCUUCCUCUCACUAUCCCGGAUCGCCGUUGCUAAAUCUCGGGCUUUGUUGCGCUCCAGAAUGUUGGAUUUCCCCCCACACCAAGUAAAGAUGCUCUGAAAGGAGAGGAUAAAGGGUGGCCACCACAGCUCCUAAGCUCCAGUUCAGCCACACAUUUCUCCAUCCAUCACCUCCAGCAGGGCUUUUAAAAAUAUGCAUUUGGAUAAAAAAACAUGCAGAUUGCAAAGAAGACCCAACCAAGUUCUAAAAGAAUGUUUGUGCAGUUUAACAAUUAAAGCCAUGCAGGAAAUUGUAUUAUGUUGGUGGCUGAUCACCAUGAGCCCAGGCUCCUCAAGAACAGAGGUUCUCAACGAAGGGUCCUCAGAUGUUAUUGGACUUCAGCCCCAUAAUCCCCUGCCCCAGUGGUUGGGGACUAUGAGAGUUGAAGUCCAAUAACAUAUGGGGACCCAAUGUUGAGAAUCCCUGCUCUAGAACCCCAGGUUCUAAUCAAGCAUACCCAUUUCUCCUCCUCCUGCCAAAGCCACUUCCCGCAAACUCCACUGCUGCUCCCCAGAGUCCUCACCAGUGAAUACAACACUCUUCUGCAUCCAUGCAGUCAAGUUCCCAGUUCUGAGAACUUUCUUCCUCUCUGUGUAGGCUCCUAAAUGUUAUGGAAUGCGAUUCUUCGCAGCAAAUCAUGUGUGUGCAGAUGUGUGCGAUAGCAGCUCAUGCUAUGCACACAAAUUAUGCUCAUGUGCCAUUGUGCGAUUCUGAAUUUUCCUUCUAACAGGAGUUCUAACCCUUACACUGUUCUGUUUUCCCCAAAACAUCUCUUGCUACCCCGUUUUGUUGAAGACCUUUCCCAGACGGGCGGCUUUACUGUGGCAGGAAGUGCCUAAAGUUAAGUAGUGCUACUCUUUUGGAACACACACACAAUGUGCAAUCACUGCAUAUCAUCAAGUGCGAAGCUGAAUAAUGUCAACCUGAAUAAUGGCAAACAAUGACAGACUUGACUACUGCAAUGCACUCUAUGUGGGGCUGCCUUUGUACGUAGUCCAGAAAUUGCAGUUGGUCCAGAAUAUGGCAGCCAGUUUGGUCUCUGGGUCAUCUUGGAGAGACCAUAUCACUCCUAUCUUAAAAGAUCUACACUGGUUGCCGAUAGGUUUCUGGGCAAAAUACAAGGUUUUGGUUAUAACCUAUAAAGCCCUAAACAGCUUAGGCCCUGGGUCUUUAAGAGAAUGCCUUCUUCGCUAUGAACCACACCGCCCAUUGAGGUCAUCUGGAGAGUUUCGUCUGCAGUUGCCACCGGCUCGUCUGGUGGCUACUCAGGGAUGGCACGGGCCUUCUCCAUUGCUGCCCUGAGGCUUUGGAACACACUUCUUGCUGAAAUAAGAGCCUCCCCAUCUCUUACAACUUUUAAAAAGGCAGUCAAGACACAUUUGUUCACAUUUGUCCCAGGCUUAAUUAGAUAUUAUUUUAAUUGUGUUUUUAAUAGUUUUAAUGUUCUAAAUUUUAAUUGUUGUAAUGUUUUAAUCUUUUUAUCUGUUGUUUUCAUUGUUUUGUUGUAAACCACCCAGAGACUUGCAUUUUGAGUGGUAUACAAAUGUGUUAAAUAAAAUAAAUAAGUAAACCUUC